AUGAUAAAAUUACUCAAAAACAUAGAUCAAUUUGGAGUGGCAUUCCAACCAAGUAUCAAAUAUUCCACCUCCCAAUAUAAAACAUGUUGGGGAGGAAUCAUGUCUAUUUUAUUGUAUGGAUUGAGCUUCGCUUACUUACUUUAUAUAAUCAUUCAAUGGAGAACAGGAUAAAUACUACCUAAGAUCACUACAUCCUCAAAAGUAGAGAACAAUCAGUAUUUUGAACUCAAAGAGCAAUUCCUAGAUGUUCAUUUAAGAAAAUUCGGUUAUUCUAUAAAUGAUCCAUUUAACCCUGACGCCCUCGUUCUCCAACCUCUCGUCUACCUUUUCAAGAAUAGACUUCCCUUUGGCAAACCAUUUGUUCCUGACUAUGAAAUCAUCACAAACGAGGAUACCUUUCACACCAUCAGCUUCACCAAUAUGACCGUAUCAAUCAGUGAUACAAGGGACGAAGCCAAUCCAGAGUUUGAAUUCAUGCUCACCUUCGGAGCUUGUCUUGAAGCCUUUCUAAAGGAAGGACAAGCUUGUGCAAACGAUACUGUUAUCUAGCAAUUUAAGAACUAAGCCACCAAUGCUCUUGUGGUCAAGCAUUAUGCCAAAGAGUACAACACUUAAACCGAAAGUCUCGAAAAAAUAGGAAGAGAAUAAAUCAUUCCCUUCCAAAUUAAUAAAGUGUACCAAUCACAAACAUAUAUUCAAAUUACCUAGACGUAGGUCGACGUUGGCUUUUUAUUUGAAUCCAUCAAUGACUACAUAUACAUUAAUGAAUAUCGUGUAGUUAGUGCCUCUCUAGAUUUAGAGUACUACAAUAAACUAUUUGGAUACAAUGUGUAUAUGGCAUUCCUGUAUAAAAUCGAUAACAUAUAAAUUGAAAUCUCAGUUUCCUAUACUAAAAUCAGUGAAGUGCUAGCAGAAGCAGGAUCAAUUGCAUCUACCUUACUGUUACUAUCCUAUUUGGUCAUUGUCAUGAACCAAAGCCAAUUGGAAUUCGAAGCCAUCAACAAUGUUAUUUAAAUGUACUAUCCUGAUUUUAAGAACAUCAAAAUCACAAAGAAUAUCUUUGGGAACAUCAAUAAGGUGGAAAAGAAUGGAAGACUAUUGGAUCUGCAAUCUUUUAAACAGCAAUACCAAAAACUAUCCCAUAUUAGUGAAAUCAAAUUAACCAUCUCUAAUUAAAUUUAUGAAAUAUCAAGGCUGCAAUUCCUGAUAUAGAAUCUGUUGCCUCCCAAGACGAUCCAGUAAAUUCAUAAUCAGGGAAUCCCAUUCCAAAUACAAUAUGCUGAUAGUGCUAAAGAAGAGUAGUAAAAUAUCAACAAAUUGGAAUGCAGUAUCAACCAAGAUUAUUAAUAUAAAUUAAACGCAAUUGUAUUAUAUAUUUUUACUUAGCUUCCAAACAAUGGCAGUCCCCCUAUUCUGAAAAGCAACGAUGUCUAAACUAUUUCAUAAACUGAGUCCAAAUUGUUGCAAGUUCAAUAGAAAGUAGUAGAAAAUACUAAUAUCCUACCCUUGUAAUAAUAAUUUAAGGACUCAGAUUUUGAAUUAUUGAUAUAUCCAGAUAGCGAAUCUGAAGGAAAUGGGAUUUCCAAUUAACAGGAUACCAAAAUUUAAGUCGACACAUGA